AUGUCGCUAGUGUUUUGCCAUCACUGUGAGGCGCUGUUGUUCCCGGAUCUCCUGAAAGCCUUUAACGCGAACCUGAAGGAGACCAAGAAAAAGGAUGACGAGCCGAAAAAGUCUGCGACGAAGAAAUCGGAAGAUCCAAAGCCAACAAAGUCAAAUUCGUCAAGCAAAAGUAGCAAGUUGAGUUCUGACGAUGGCAAAGAAUCGCAGGGUGCAUCUGCCGGACGAAAGCGCAAAAACUCAGCCUCUAGCAACGCCAGCGAAGGUCCAGCUGCGAAGCGGGGCUUCGAUCGUGGUCUUGAUGCCGAGAAGAUCAUCGGAGCGACGGACUCAGCCGGCCAGUUGAUGUUUCUCAUGAAGUGGAAGGGUUGCGAUGAUGCCGACUUGGUACCAGCGAAGGACGCGAAUGUCAAGUGUCCUCAAGUGGUCAUCAAGUUUUAUGAAGAUCGUCUCACGUGGCACUCGUCAGAUGAAUGAAUUGACUAGUUUUCUACACCUCUGAACGAUUUUGAAUUCUUUUACAGCGAAUGGCCAGGAAUAAAACGUGUCUGGCGCAUGAGCUUUCUCUCGAACGAAAUGGAGCUUUGAAUUCAUAUUCGAAAAUGUACGAUUGCGCCUGUCUAGAUCAUUAAAAAAUCUGCACAAUUUAAGGUUC